GCAGUAGCGAGAGAGCUCGGGAGAGCUGUGGGCGCUGAGCCGCUGCAGGUGACUCCCACGAGGAUUACAGAAAGAAAUUAUAAGCUGAGACCUCAGGCAAAGAUCAACAGUAAACUUCUGGAAAGUGAGAAUGGCUGUGGCCCUGGGCUGUGCAAUCCAGGCGUCCUUGAAUCAGGGCUCUGUGCUUCAGGAGUACGACACUGACUGUGAGGUCUUCCGGCAACGCUUCAGGCAGUUCCAGUAUAGAGAAGCAGCCGGGCCUCACGAAGCUUUCAACAAACUCUGGGAGCUUUGCUGUCAAUGGCUAAAGCCAAAAAUGCGUUCUAAGGAACAAAUCCUGGAAUUGCUUGUGUUGGAGCAGUUUCUAACUAUUUUGCCUACGGAGAUAGAGACCUGGGUGAGGGAGCACUGCCCCGAGAAUAGAGAAAGAGUUGUGUCACUAAUAGAAGAGUUACAGAGAGAACUUGAUGUACCAGAGCCACAGGUGGACAUGCAGGACAUGCUUUUGGAAGAACUGACACCAGUGGGAAUGGAACCUAUGCCGCCAAAUGUGCACCUAGAAUCGCCUGAGCUCCAGGUCAUGGCACCUGUCCAGGAGGCCUCAGUGACAGAGCCCUGGAUCACACAGGCAGGACCUCAAGAGCUGAACUAUGGUGCUGCUGAAGAAUGCCAGCCCUUUCUGGACCCUGAAUAUCCAUUACCAAAGCUUGAUGUGAACUUCCCAUUGGAGCAAAGAGAAGAACCAUGGGUUAAGGAACUAGAGGAUUCCAAAGAAAUGAAGCAAUUGCUUGAUUCUAAGAUAGGUUUUGAGAUUGGGUUAGAAAACGAAGAAGAUACUUCAAAACAGAAAAAACUGGAGAAUAUGUAUCCAUUUAUUGUAACAUUAGAUGGGAAUGCUCUCCAGGGUCCCAUUUUGGAAAAAGAAUAUGAGCAGUUAGAAAAUCAGUGGGAGCCCCCUCCAGAGGACUUACAGCCAGAUUUAACCAAACUUGUAGAUACUCAGAGCCCGACUACAGGAGAGGCAGCUGAGAGCUCCAACUUGGAAGAACCUCUCAACCCUAAAUCACCUAAGAAAAAGACCCCAGGAGAGAAACCUCACCAAUGCCCGCAGUGUGAAAAAUGUUUUGCUCGGAAGUCACAGCUUACUGGGCAUCAGAGAAUUCAUUCGGGAGAGGAACCUCACAAAUGCCCUGAAUGUGGGAAAAGAUUCCUUCGUAGUUCAGACCUUUAUCGACACCAACGGCUUCACACAGGGGAAAGACCCUAUGAGUGUACUGUGUGUAAGAAGCGCUUUACUCGGCGCUCACAUCUUAUUGGGCACCAGAGAACCCAUUCUGAAGAAGAAACGUACAAAUGCCUUGAGUGCGGGAAAACUUUUUGUCAUGGAUCAAGUCUUAAAAGACAUCUAAAAACCCACACAGGUGAAAAACCGCAUAGAUGCCCUAAUUGUGGGAAAAGUUUUAGUCGACUGGCAGCACUUACUCUGCACCAGCAAACACACACUGAAGAAAGACCUUUCAAAUGUAGUUACUGUGGGAAAAGCUUUAGACAGCGACCGAGCCUUGUCAUCCAUCUAAGAAUUCAUACUGGAGAGAAGCCAUAUAAGUGUAGUCAUUGUUCAAAAAGCUUCAGGCAGCGAGCAGGCCUUAUUAUGCACCAAGUCACUCACUUUAAAGGACUUCUUUAAGAAUUGAUAAGGGAAACAGAUGCUACAGAUGUUAACACUAACUCAAAA